UCAGCGGAGCUCACGAAACACGCCAGAGGAGUAGCAACAAAUAAUUGCGAUCGCAUUUGCCUCGGAGUGAAGUAACAGCCAUGUAUCUGAACAGGGAAGAGGACAAUAGCAAAGGCUCAGUGUCCCUCAGUGUGUUCCUGGUCUCCCUUGCAGUGACAGUGUGUGCUGUUUGGCUGGUGGCUCUUUGUGGCGUCUGUGGUUGGUGUCAGCGCAAGCUGGGGAAGAGGAAUAAGCCAGGAGUGGAAACAGCAGACACUCCAGACUCGGCACGUGGGCGAGGGGAGAAGAAAGCCAUCAAUGAUCUAGACAGAGACUUUUGGAAUAACAAUGACAACAGCACAGUGCAGCAGAGGUGGAGCUCCUAUCCGCCCAAGGAGUUCGUACUAAACAUUUCUCCCUAUGCCCCAUAUGGAGAUCCGCGCCUCACGCUCAACUUUGGGGAUCCAGUCUUAUCCUAUGCUUCCACUUUGGAGCACGUACCCUCUGGGCCGGCCCGGCCUCGGACGCUGCUGCGCCAGCAGAGUCUUCAGCAGCCUCUCAUCCACCCGUCAGGCCCUGGUCUCUGCCACCCCCCCACCACAUCCCAGAGCUUGGGACAAUUACACACUGCACCUGGACAGCCUGGGGGAGGCGGGGGUACACGAGGUGGUCCCCGGGGUGCGCGGGGCAGCCCAGCGGCAGCAGGUGCCUCUCGCUAUAGGGGAGGUGGAGCAGGAGGGCGCUCGCGUGCCAGUCCUGGCAGCUGGGAUUACAUGAUGGAUCAGAUCCGGAAUCGUGGGCUGGAUGUCAAGUCCUUCCUUGAAGGAAAGCUGGUGGUCCUGGCUUUGGCCAUUGGUGUGGCAGAGCAAGAUGACUUUGCCAAUAUCCCUGACCUGCAGGAAACAGCGCAGGCAGCACCACCACCACCAGCCAAUCAGGAACCGCCUCCCGAGAAGAGAGGCAACAAGCCAGCCAACAGUCCCAAGGGCCAACCCCCUGAUGCUGAUGGCCACUCUUCUGUAACUGACCUGGCCAACUCUCUCACUGGAGACAUGGUGAUGCUGUCCCCAGGUUCAGAGGAUGAUGAUGGGGAAGGGCCUAUCAGUGAAAAGCUGGGGCGAAUCCAGUUCAGCAUAGGCUACAGUUUUCAGAACACGACCCUCACCGUCAAAGUUCUCAGGGGCCAGGACCUCCCGGCUAAGGAUUUCUCCGGCACCUCCGACCCCUUUGUUAAAAUCUACCUACUGCCUGACAAAAAGCACAAGCUGGAGACCAAGGUCAAGAGGAAGAACCUCAACCCCCACUGGAACGAAACCUUCCUGUUUGAGGGCUUCCCUUAUGAGAAGGUGAGAGAGCGCACUCUCUACCUCCAGGUGUUGGACUAUGACCGUUUCAGCAGGAAUGACCCGAUUGGAGAGGUGUCAGUCCCCCUUAAUAAGGUGGAACUGGGCCAGUUAAAGACCUUCUGGAAGGAGCUCAAGCCCUGCAGUGAUGGCAGUGGGAGACGAGGAGACCUGCUGGUGUCUCUCUGCUAUAAUCCCACUGCCAACACCAUCACUGUGAACAUCAUCAAAGCACGCAAUCUCAAAGCCAUGGAUAUCGGGGGCACCUCAGAUCCCUAUGUGAAGGUGUGGCUGAUGCACAAGGACAAGCGCGUAGAGAAGAAGAAGACAGUGGUGAUGAAGCGCUGUCUGAACCCCAUCUUCAAUGAGUCCUUUCCCUUUGACGUGCCCGCCCAUGUGCUGAGGGAGACUACCAUCAUCAUCACCGUCAUGGAUAAGGACAGACUCAGCCGCAAUGAUGUUAUUGGCAAGAUCUACCUAUCGUGGAAGAGUGGACCAGCGGAAGUGAAGCACUGGAAAGACAUGCUCGCUCGGCCACGCACUAAUGUCGCCCAGUGGCACGCUCUCAAGGCCUGAUCGCACCACCCAGCUUCCUCCAUGGCCCCUUCCCGUCUCCUAUCCCCCUCCUUCUCUCUCUCCCCUCUUCCCACUCCUGUCCUUAUGCACAAGACUGACUUGCUGCCAGGCUGCAAACACGGACACAGCGAGGUUCUGGCAGCCAGGAGAGUGCAGUGGAACGCAGACUCGGACCCUGUGCAGUAGUGUGUGCGUGUGUGUGUGUGUGUGUGUGUGUGUAUGUGUGUGUGUUUGCGUGUGUGUGUGUGUGUGUGUGUUAGUUGUGCGUCCGUCCAUGGUAGUGCUAGUGGUCUCUGUGCAGUGCCUCCCUCCUCCCUCCUCUCUCUGAUGUAGUUUGUCAUGUGAUGCAGUGCGUGUUAAGGUGCAGGAUGACUGCGUUUUCUGAAGCUGGCAGCUGCCCCGUCUCUUUCUCCUUGCGUGUCUCCUCGUAUCCACUCUAUUUCUUUUCUACCACGCUUCAUUUUAAUCCUCCGCUAAGUAUAGAUUUCCAUUCCCUCUGCUCGAUUGUUCAUUUACUCUCCCAUUCAGUUGGUAAUGCGCACACCACCAGAGUCUAAUUUCACAGUAAUCCAUGCUUCCUGAUCUAUCUGUGAUCCUUUGACCAUUAGCAUCUUUCAUUCAUCACCCUCCACAUCCCUGAAGAGGACCUUGUUUUUCUACAGAGCUCUGUGGACCAGAGAAUGAUUUAGCACAAAAAAAAAAAAAGAGGGGAUCCUUACAACUCACCCCAAAUAUCAUACCCUUAUAUUUUUUUCUUAAACUCUGAGACGAUGGGUAGCUGUCAGCUCAGCAUAUAGAAUCAUAAAGCAGCCAUAUUCAAAGUCAAGCACAGACUUAAAUCUAUGUUUUGGUGGCUUCACUGCUGCCCGUUUGUAGCAAGAGCAAGAGCAUAGCCUUAAAGAUCGGACCAACUACACAAAAAAGUAGUGGGAUAUGUGCAUUUGUAGUGGACUAUUAUUACCUCCCCUUUCCCACACCAGAUUUAUUACUCAGUAUUUCAAUGUGUUGCUUGGUUGCUCUGUACAUAUCUGUGUAGUGCUUCUGUUGAUGUCCCUGUAUUAGUAUAGUAAUGGGUUCUUACUGGGCAGUCUCCUCAGACGUCCUCUCCCUCCUGUCCUCGUCGCAUUUCCUCAGAAACUUCAAAACAUUCCAUCUGAAUCUGUAGUGAACAACAAUUUAAAGCUGAUUAGAUUUCACACGCGCGGGAGUAAAGCAGCAGGAGGACUGAACCACAGACGUUUCCACUGGAGCCAUGAUAAUAACCAAGACGCCUUGUUCAUGUCCCUCUGAGACCUACACACCCACAACUUGCAGCAUACUCAGCAUAACGACCUUCACACGCCCCUUUGCUCCUCCUAAUCCACCUCAAUGCUGACCUCACCCAGUCUUGAGAGGUCAGUGGGUCACCAACGUUUGUGAAGAGCCUCUGACCUCCCGUGGGUGGAGUAUGGGAGAAGGUGGGAGAGCCCUGGGAGGCAGCAGAAAGGCGUGUGCACGUGGUCACAUCCUGGGUCAGGAGGGAAGGAAGCCAGGACGUUUCAAGGUGAAGCCCAGUAGCACUUUGGUUUUGCGUUCCAUGUUUUUUUUUUAGCCUCUCCUGUUUUUUGGCCGAGCGGACUGUGAUCUUACUGGUUGAUUUUCUCGUUCUCUUCCACCCAUCAGUGUUAUAAAGUGUGUUGGGUGGAUGGAGCCUUGGAGCUGAGCUCUGAUUUUGUUCCAUAUUAAAGAAUCAUUUUUACUA